AGGUAAAUAGGCCACUAAGGGCAAAGGUCAACGGCCGAUAGGUCCAACACACCCACUGCUGCAUUCACAUACCGGAACUGCAUGCACAAACUUGCUCGUACGACCAAGGUACGACCUACUACACGAACUCGGACAACCCCUGGACAUCUCAAUAUCAUGAUCAGUCAUGGGUUGGAAGAUCACCACCUUGAUCGUCUUGGUUGCCGUGGCGACCGGGCUCAUCCUUAGCGGAGUCCUCAACACGCCACCAGAACCCCUCGAGUUCCAAGACAACUACUGGGGGAGGGGGGCAAAACCAACAUCCCUACCAAAAGAUCACGACAAGAUACAACAAAUUUCUAUAAACAUACCGGACGCAACACUAGUAGAUCUCAACGACCGUCUGAAAAACGUACGCUUGUUCGAAGCUCUGGAAGAUGUAGAGUUUCAAUAUGGCACCCGUGUCGACUACAUGAAAGAUGUUAUCACGUACUGGAGGGACACAUACGAUUGGAGAAAACAAGAGGCAUACUUAAACACGUUACCCCACUAUAAGACAAACAUUGAGGGAAUUGAUCUACACUUUAUUCACGCUAAACCCAAACUGAAGCCAGGUCAAAGCGCUAAACCCAUAUUGAUAGUUCACGGUUGGCCAGGUUCGGUUUUUGAGUUUUAUAAGAUGAUCCCGAUGUUGGUAGAUCCCACUAGUCACGGGGGGAGUGAGGAUGAUGUGUUCGAGGUCAUUGCCCCCUCCAUCCCCGGUUAUGGCUUCUCUGAGAUUCCUCAUAAAAAGGGUUUUGACGAGAUUGCUGCAGCCCAGAUGUUCCAUAAGCUGAUGGAAAGGCUGGGUUUUGAGAAGUUCUAUGUACAGGGAGGAGACUGGGGCUCGAUGAUCACACGGAACAUGGCUGUCUUGAAGCCAAGCGUUAUUAAGGGACUUCAUACGAACAUGCCGAACGUAGAAAUGGGCGGUGCGUAUGUGUUCUAUAUGAUGCUGGGCAGUGUGGCUCCCUCAUUGGCUGGACUAACAGAAGAGGACUACAAAAGGGUGUAUCCUGUAAGUAGACAGCUUCUUUUCACACUACAGGAGUCUGGUUAUUUCCACCUACAGGCAUCAAAACCGGACACUGUAGGUUUUGCCCUGAAUGACUCCCCUGUGGGCCUAGCCGCCUACAUUCUAGAGAAAUUCUCCACUUGGACAAACCCAGCAAACAGGGACUUGGCUGAUGGGGGGCUGGAGAAACAUUACACCAAGGAUGAGUUGCUGACCAGUGUGAUGAUGUACUGGGUAACAGGAACCAUCCCUUCAUCCAUGAGGUUCUACAAGGAGACGUUUGCUGGAAAAGCACUCGUGACCAUCGGGCAUCCAGUGACAGUACCGUCAGGUGUGGCAGCAUUUCCAUACGAGUUGUCCCACGUACCUGAAUCUUGGUGCCCCUGGAGCUACGCUAACCUGGUCCACUACACCACUAUGUCCACCGGCGGGCAUUUCCCGGCCUUCGAACAGCCUGCUUUACUAGCGGAGGAUAUCCGAGCGUUCGCAAGGAAAGUAGAGGCUCUGGAUACUCCCAAAGAAAAGACACCCCAGUAGUGUUGUUUUAAUACAACUCAAUAUGAGCAAGGAGGUUAAACAAGACUAUGAGAUUUACUUCUGGACGUUUCAAGUGAUACCCAUCACUCUUCUUCAGCAUCACAAUUCAACACAAGUACAGCUAACUAGAAAAUUGCUUGAACAUGUCAAUUCACUAACUCCUAAGGAUCGUAUGCAAAAUUCACUCAAAUGUAAAUCAUGUUUGCAUAGUUCGCUAUGGUAAGACAAUACCAUAGGAAAAGUUAAUGUCCUUUGUGAUGCUAAGUGGAGAGGCAUGUACUGGAGAGUAGUGUUGGUUCCAGUAUAUGAGUAAUUUAUGUGAAGUGUGCACAAUAAUUAAAGGUGUUACAGAUUAA